GUGGUUCUGGGAUCAGCCGAAGGGUUGUUAAGCCUUCGGUGUUAAAUGGUCGGUGUCAGUCGGCUAGGCGAUCUCGUGUGUAUCGUCCAGGCCAGGUUACUGUAACUCAUCUGGACAGUACCAUCCAAAAUUGGCUUCUCGUCCAUCGUCCACCUGCUGUGGGGCAUGCAGGGGCUUUGACUUCGGUCAUGAAGGGAAUGAUUCGCUCCUGUAUGUCCCGGUCGGGGAAUGUGUCCUCUUUAUAUGAUGACCUUUCGGUGCAUCGGGAUGGUGCCAUUGGGCCGUUGCCCGAGCAUCAUCCUUCCCCUGAGGAUGAGCUCCCUGAUGCCAUCGAUGAUUCUCUCGUGGCUCUUCAGGAUGAGUCCCUUGAGGUUCGUCCCGGUACCUCCUUUGAGGCUCGCCCCGGUACGUCUAACGAGGCUCAGGGUGGACUUGUUGGUUCUGCGGCUGUUCCUCGAUCCUUGCAAUGUAUUCUUAGGGGUGGAACUGUGAAACGGGGGCGGGGUGGAUUUAGGCCAGGUGCUGGUCGGCCUAAAGGGUCGAGGAAUCGCUCGGUGUAUUUUGGCAGUACCAGGCGCAGAACACGAACGGCUAGGGUUUCGCUUCCUCUCCCCCCAGAUUCUUUUUUUUUUUGACUGAUUGAGUUGCUUUUUCAUGGUUCAUUCUGAGGGCCGUUUAUCUACCUCCAACAGUGCCAUAUAACGCCUCUCUGUAUACUGG